AUGGAGUGGAAAGCGAUUGCAUACCCGAGAGAAGGUGGGAACAAUGUAGUCAAAAGUACAACAUCUAAUAUAGUGAGUGAAAAAGGAAAUUUCGUGGUAUAUACCAUAGACAAGAGGCGUUUUGUGCUGCCGUUAUCCUAUCUCUCUAACCACAUUUUUCAAGAGCUUUUCAAGAUAUCAGAGGAAGAGUUUGGACUCUCAAGUAGUGAGCCUAUCACAUUGCCAUGUGAUUCAAUUUUCAUGAACUACAUGGUCUCACUUGUCAAGCGAGGUUGUUUUAAUGUAGAUACGGAGAAAGCUUUACUCAAUUCUAUCAUUACCCGUAGCUGCUCAAUGAAUGCUUGUUUACAUCAAGGACAAACAAGCCCACAGUUACUACUUUGGAGUUACUGA